UCUAGAGAGAGAUGGCAGAUGCAGUAGUGACCUUCCUGCUCGAGAAACUCUUCGACCUCUUGUCUGAAGAAGCACAGCUCUUCUCGCGCAAAGAAUUAGAAUGGCUCCGGAAAGAGUUGGACGCCAUGCAAUCCUAUCUAAAGGAUGCUCUGAAAGAAGAAGAGAGAAUGAUGAGGUUGCAAAGACUUGGGUAGUUCAAGUAAGAGAAGCAGCAUAUGAAGCAGAAGAAAUCCUCGACAAAUUCACGAUCCAAGUGGAAACUCUCCAAUUGAAGAGAGAGAGGAAGAAUCGCCAGCUUAAAGGUUUCCUCCCCCUUCCUCCCUCCUCAGUUUUGCAGCAUCAGGAAAACCACUCUGGUGAUCGUUAUGCUUGGGUUACAGUUUCCCAAACUUAUGGAAUCAUGGAGGUUUUCAAAUCCAUUUUGAGAGAAUUCAGGAAAGAUGUUUUGGAUUCAAUGAGUGAUGGGCAAAUCAUAGAGAGGCUUAAGGACUAUUGUAGAGAGAGAAAGUAUUUGGCGGUUUUGGAUGAUGUAUGGGAUCCAUUGGUGUGGGAGAACAUGAGAGUCACCCUAAUUGAAGGUGGACGCCAGAGUAGGACUAUAAUCACUACCCGUAACGCGAAGUUAAUUUCAGUGAAGAAGGCGAUUCAUGAAAUUGAGCCUUUGAGAGAGAAAGAUGCUCAAGAGCUCUUUCACAAGAAGGCUUUUAACAGUAACGGAGGAAGCUGCCCAGAAGAGUUACAGGCCUUGGCUGAGAAGCUCUUGGAGAAAUACGAAGGCUUGCCACUAGCUAUUGUGGUUAUGGGAGGCCUCAUGUCGAGGCAAGCAAGAACCCCGCAAGCAUGGAAAAGAAUUCUAGAUGAUUACAAUUGGGAGUCAAAUGAAGGGGAUGAUAGACUCUCAAGAGUGCUUUCUUUGAGCUAUGAGGACUUACCCUCUCGCCUCAAGUCGUGCUUCUUGUGCUGCUGUUUUUUCCCUGAAGAUUACGAGAUUUGGACAGAGACAUUGGAUUGCAGAAGGAUUUAUAGAAACAUGCUUCAAAUUGCUCAAGUAGAGAAGCUCAAUUGGACAGUGGAGAGUGCAAGCGGGGCCAUACUUAAAGAGAAGCCCUGUCGCCUCUCUCUCGUUGAUAGUACCUUUCAUCAUGUACCCAACCAUAGCCUGGAUAGGGUUCGUUCGUUCAUGCAGUUUGAAAUCAGCUGGUUAGCUCCUCCUUUCAUGGACCAUAUAUUCCCUCAGCUCACGUUGUUGCGUGUGCUGCAUAUAGAAAGCUAUUCUUCAAUCAUGGGUUUGUCCGAAAUUGGAAAUUUGGUAAGUUUGAGGUAUUUGCACUUAGAUUGUCUGAUCGGGGAGCUUCCAGUGACCUUUCAAAACCUCCAAAAUCUUCGGACUCUAGUUCUAAUGGGGACACAAGUAGUUAACCUACCAAAAUGGAUCUCAAGAUUAGUAAAUUUGAGGCAUCUUUUUUCCACGAACAAUGUACAUUCUGAUGAACCUUUGGCAAUUGGGUGUCUAAGGAACCUGCAAACCUUGGCAAGUAUAGUGGCAAAAGAUGGUCUAGUUAGACAGGUAAGGAAGUUGACUGAGCUCCGCUGUUUACAUAUGGCUGGAGUGAGAAAAGAAGAUGGGGAGGAGUUAGCAGCCUCCAUUGGGAGUCUGCGCAACCUCCUCUAUCUGGAUUUGGUGACCAUCAAUGAGGAUAGUCUCAAAUUAGAGAUAUUUCCAUCUUCUCUUGAACAGCUACGGAUAGACGAGCAGUUAGAGAAGCUACCAAGUUCAUUUAUAUCUCUUGGAAGCCUCACCAAGUUGUGGUUAUGCAACACUAAGUUAAGUGAGGACCCAUUCAUGCCCCUGCAAGCUCUGCCAAAUCUUGCCGUCCUUAUUUUGUGGACAGCCUACACAGGGAAGAGACUAGGAGGUUGCAGGGCAAGAGGCUUUCCCAAUCUAAAUAGUCUUGUUCUUUAUGCAAUGGAGGGGUUAGAAGAAUGGGGUGAAGUGGAGGAGAGAGCCAUGCCUGGCCUUCUUUUUCUAAGGAUUCGGUUGGGUACAAAAUUGAGAAUGUUGCCACAAGGCUUUGAGCGCCUCAAAGGCUUAGAGUUCUCCCACAUGCCGAUGAAGUUUGUAGAGAGGUUGCACCAAGAUGUUGGCGAAGAUCAUUAUAAGGUCCGAUAUAUCCCUAACAUUGAAUUUUUAUAAGGUAAAAGAUAUAUGUACACUGUAUUCUAGUGGACUGUGCAAAACUAUAGUCCUUUAGGGUCAUAACCGUCUGAUGAAAUGAUGCAUAGUAGUGGAGAGAGACUAAGACCCACCAUAGUGGUCAUUCUUGCUCUAGUGGGUCCCACCCCCUCGCCAUUGUAGUUUGCCAUAUCACCGGACUGUCAUGGCCCGAGGGUCUUUGGGUUUGAGUAGCCCAUUAGACCAUAUUAUACUUUCCCCUUCUUACAGUUGAUACCCGUUCCACAUAUGGUUCAAGAUUGGAGCAUCAUCCUCUCAACAAUUUCUUUCAUUUUUGUUGUCUAUACUCUAUAACAUGUAAGAUCCUACUUUGAACCGGCAAAUGAUAAGUGGUUUCAUUAAGCAUUUAAGAUUGUUGGUUUACGUGGUUCACCCUUUGUGGGUGGGAAACUCCGACAUGAUUUGGAAUAUCGAAAGGUUAGUAUUGAUAAUGAGAUAGAAAUGAUUUGGGUAGCAAUUUUGGAGAUCCCAAUCCAUUUCUACCUUUGGAUAGAGAAGAUUCUAAGUGAAUCCCAUUGAAAUUGAUUAUGAUAAGGGAUCUAAGUGUCUUCCAAUUUUCAAGGUAGGAAAACUGAGAGGGAGGGACCUUUAGUACAUAAGAAAGGAGAGAAAGAGGUGGUGCUCUACUCCCUAGACACCCGUGCACUUCUCUCUCCUAGGCCCCCAUGUGGCUCCCUGCUCCUUCUUUUUUCCUCUCUCUUCAAAAAGUGAGAAUAGGCAAGGAACUCUCGGACCAUCUCCAUCAAAGCUCGCGAAGGAUAUGUACCAUUUACACAAGUUAUGGUUCCAGUAAUCAAGAGACUGGUUAAGGUUAACAACAUCUUUUUGAAAAGAAGUACCUGUGAGCGUGAGGGGAAGAAAAUCCACAUAAAAGGUGGUCAGGCUUUGAGAGGUAUGGAAUAUCUAUCAGAUCUAUGUAUGCUUUUGAGAUUAAUUUUGUGUUUCUGCUGCGUAUUGACUCGCCAAGCGAGCCAACAAAGACAAUGAAUAAAAUGAUAGGUAUGUAGAAUAUUCAUUUUAA